GCGGCUCCCUUUUAGACGGACGAAAUCACGAAGACCUCGACUAGUAUCAAUUUUUUUAUUAUUAGAUUAUAUAUGGUAUGAAGAACGCUAAAAAGAGUUAAUGUAAAUCUAAAUUUACAGACAAGUUUGUUUUUUUUAACUGGAUGAGCGGGUACUGUACGUAUUAUAUAUUUUUUAAAACUUCAUACGUUGUCUUGAACUCACACUAGUUACCUCACUACGUUAAAUAAGCUAUACAACCCCGCGCGAUUUGAUUGGCUGAUAAUUCGGAAACCAUAUCAGUUCAUGCAAUGUGAUUGGUUGACUCCACAAUUCGGUCCCAGUGUGUCAAUGCGCACGUUGUAGCACAUGUUUACAUCCUCGUUAAGCUAAAAUCACGGUAUUUUUUUACCCCUUUAUUUUUUUUUUUUUAUUUUCCAUCCUGCACACACCGCCAUAAUGGACAACCUUCUAUCGGCGUUAUUUUCUUCUUCGGCCGAAGAGCAGUACGUGUUGGACUGCAUGGCUUACUUGAUGAUUUUAAUGGCAGCGUAUACGUUCGUUUCCUUGCUGUUCGUGAACGUGCCGUACGGUCGGUACGCUUCGAGCGCGUACGGAUUCCCGGUGAACCCCAAGCUGGCUUGGUUUGUCCAAGAGCUGCCUGCUUUCCUCCUGCCCGUGUGUCUGCUCGUGUGGGCAUCCUCGGCCAAGACUUCCCUGCUUGCAAAUCGGUUGCUCAUUGGCAUGUUUCUGUGCCAUUAUUCACAGAGAUCACUUAUUUAUCCAUUUUUAAUCAGAGGAGGUAAACCGACGCCAUUUGUCUCCUUUGUCCUGGCUGUCGUUUUUUGCAUCUAUAAUGGAUUCAUGCAGAUCAGAUACCUGAGCCACUACGCCGAGUAUCCUGCGGACUGGGUGACGCAUCCUUGCUUUAUUGCAGGCUCUACGCUGUGGCUGCUUGGCUGGCUGACAAAUUUACACUCUGACCACAUCCUGAGGAAUCUGAGGAGGCCCGGAGAGAGCGGAUAUAAGAUCCCCAGAGGUGGAAUGUUCGAGUACGUGUCCGCCGCCAACUUCUUCGGGGAGAUAACCGAAUGGGCGGGCUUCGCUCUGGCGGGCCAAUCUGUUCACAGCGCCGCCUUCGCCAUCUUCACCGCAGUGGUCCUCAGCAGCCGGGCUCGCGCCCACCACAAAUGGUAUCUCGCUAAAUUUGAAGACUACCCGAAAAACAGGAAGGCAUUGAUCCCUUUUUUGCUUUAGAAAAGACUCGAAUACAGCGAACCCCCCGUUAAUUGCAGCGGAUGUGGUCCAGACCUGCGAUAGCUGAAAUUUUGGCGCUGUAGGAGACAAAAAAAAAAAAUAGUUUUAACACACUAAGUGCCAUAGAGUAUAAACUUAUUAUAACACAGUUUUUAAACUAUUCCUUUGUGCCUCGCUCCUGUGCUUAUUUGCAAAGUUCUCCAAAUAAGCGACAAAGAGUCCUGGUUUUAAAAUAGUUAGUUGUCACGCCCAGAUGAAUUUUACUCUAAAACUGGCACAUGAACUAAAAUACAAUUAAAUAUUGUCUGUUUUAGGCCAUGGCCGCACGGUGGAUUAGAUGGUAAAGCGUUGGCCUCACAGUUCUUGGGGCCCGGGUUCGAUCCCGGCCCCGCCUGUGUGGGGUUUGCAUGUUCUCCCCGUGCCUGCGCAGGUUUUCUCCGGGCACUCCGGUUUCCUCCCACAUCCCAAAAACAUGCAACAUUAAUUGGACACUCUAAAUUGCCCUUAGGUGUGAUUGUGAGUGCGGCUGUUUGUCUCUAUGUGCCCUGCGAUCGGCUGGCAACCAGUUCAGGGUGUCCCCCGCCUCCUGCCCGUUGACAGCUGGGAUAGGCUCGAGCACUCCUCGUGAGGAUAAGCAACGAAGAAAAUGGAUGGCCAACAUUUUCAACCGAAACAUAUGGGUUUUCUUAACAAAAUUCUACUAGCUUAAACAAUUCAAAAUGCCAUAGCAUAGCGAACAGAAAUUAGCACGGAUGUUAUGGGAAAUAUAAACUUUGAAACAACAUACAUCCUCGCAGGCAAAUAUUACCUCUCUAUCCUCUUGAUUUUUUUCAAUUAGUUUUCAUUUCUUUUCCUAUGGUACCCCACUACAUUGAAGGCACGCAACUUCAAAUUCGAACUUCCCUGUAUAUGCUAAAAACUCAUUAGAAAUGAUAGCUUGAAAAUCCAUAAUAUGGGCUCGUCGUAUUGACGAUGACCCAGCAGUGAGGGUUCACUUUAUGGGAUGUUUUCUAUUUUAUAUAUAGUAAUGUAUGUAUUUUUUUACUAUGUCACUGAUUUCGACAACCACUUUUUUGAUGGACGUGUGACAUAAGCUAAGCGGGAAGCAGUUCCAUUUUUUCUGCGCAUCCAGGAGUUUAUUGACUUUGGGGGUUUUUUUUCGCUGGGGAUAAAUGUUGCACUCCCUCCGUUUGUCCACCCGCGUACUUUUUUACAUAACUGCUACCUUUGGAAUAGGUAUGGGACUUCUUUCAGCUGCAUCUCAGAUCUGUUAAGGCUCUUUUGUUUUUCAAUCCCUUCAAACUGUGUAAUGAAAACGAUUGAAUCCUCACGUUUACAGCAGAGCUAACAUUUCAUAUUUGUCUACCUCACCAGCCAGCCGUUUAAGCAUUUGUUAUAUAGCCUUGAAAUCCAAUUUAAGGGCCAUAUAGUGAUAUGCUCUUGUAAGACCUUGAAAGACACUUGUAAAACCAUUUUUGCACAUUGGGUAUAAAAACUUUGUUUUACUCAUCGCACCAGUAGGGUAUGGCAUAAAAUGUUCAAAAAAAAAAAAAACUCGACAUACUACUGUCAUCAUUUAACCUCCACUGUACUGGAAGCAAUUAGUAAGGGAUCUUUAAUUCAUCCCAUGACAUCUUUUUUUUUUUUGGUUUGUUUUACAUCACCGUGUGAGCAUAAAAAGACAAAAUGAAACGUACGCACGCUUCUGUCCUACAACUGUAGCUGGGCCCGUCCGUCGCAAAUGAAGCUCUCGAUAACUCGGCCCCGCCUGAAAUGAACGCCGUCGAGGUCGGCGCUGUCAAUCGUGGAUGCGUUAGGAGAGGCUGCCGCUAAGUAAAGAGCAACGUGAAGCUUGCGCGUAAAUGACAAUUAAUGUUGUAGCUUUAGAAAAGAAAAGCACAGCUGGAGGUACGGUCUUUUCCUUUCGGCUUGUUCCGUUGGGGGGUCGCCACAGCGUGUCAUCUUUUUCCAUCUAAUCUUCCUCUUUAACACUCACUGUCCUCCUAUCUUCCCUUACAACGUCCAUCAAACUUUUCUUUGGUCUUCCUCUCGCUCUUUUGCCUGGCAGCUCCAUCCUCAGCACCCUUCUACCAACAUACUCACUCUCUCGCCUCUGGACAUGUCCAAACCAUCGAAGUCUGCUCUCUCUAAACUUGUCUCCAAAACAUCCAACUCUUGCUGUCCCUCUAAUGAGCUCAUUUCUAAUCCUAUCCAACCUGCUCAGUCCAAGCGAGAACCUCAGAAUCUUCAUUUUUCCUACCUCCAGUUCUACUUCCUGUUGUUUCUUCAGUGCCACCGACUCUAAUCCGUACAUCAUUGCCGACUUCACCGCUGUUUUAUAAACUUUGUCCUUCAUCCUCGCGUAGACUCUUUUGUCACGCAGAACACCAGACACCUUCCGCCAACUGUUCCACCCCAGUUGGACCCAUUUCUUCACUUCCUUACCACACUCAUCAUUGCUCUGUAUUGUUCACCCCAGCUGGAGGUACGGUACUAUCUUCAUUUUAUAGGAAAACUUGUAUAUACUGUAAGUGACCUUUUCGACGGCGGCAAUACAGAAUGAAGUGUAAACUGCCAUCUGCAUUUUUUCUCAGUCAAUCUUCACAUCUCAACAGGGGACAAAUAGUUCAGGCCACUAUCUUAAUACGUAACAUCUUCACCUAAUUUAAAUUGGGACGGAUCUAUGCCUACAAGUGACAAAGUGGAACUGGGAAAGUGUGCACAUGCUGCUUUUGUAGUGUGUGGAGUACGCAACUCAAUAUAACCACAACAACACUCCUAAGCAUAUCUCCACAAGAAUCAUAAGCAAAUCUCCUUGGCAAUUGUAAAUAUUUAAUAGGUUUAAAGUGUGCGCAUGCUGUUUUUAUUGUGCGUAGUCAAAAUUAUAAACGCUGCACCACACACGUCUCCCUUGCGAUUGUGAAUAUGGAACAAGUCUAACAUUCAUGAUUGCUUUGUGAGCUGAUCAGGGUUAGGAAAAAUCACUCUUGACACCCCCCCCCCCCCCCCAUGCUGUAGGAUGAUCGCUCACGAUAUAUUUUUUUAGAUAUCCAAUAAUCAGACCUGCGUUGACUAUGAUUGGAAGAGAAGAAAAAUGGCCCGAUUAUCAGUAUGUGCUCUUA